GACGAAAAAUGAAAAUUGAUGAGAACAGACAAUUGUAGUUAAUGACUGAUUUGUAGCUAUUUCAUAUUUAUUGAAAAUAAUUUUUGACUAUAUUAUUGUGAACCUUGUUUCUUUUAUUAAAAAUAACUUUUACAUUUACAUCAGUUACAAGACUAUAGUUUUUACAUAAAAAUUGAGAAAAUUAAGUAUUUUAGAUAUCACCCUGAUAAGAUAGUAAAUAAUAUUUAGUAAAUUUGUUAAAAGUUGAAUGAAAAAUUAUGGUGAAAGAUUUUUACCGUCGUCAAAGUGUUUUAGAAAUCAGAUAACAACUAUAACGAAUGCCUCCGGCUUUGGCGUCCAUGGAACACCUUGGUCCAGGUUUUGUCAACUCCAAAUUGCGCAACCCUUAUUCUCCGUCACGUUCAAAAUUUCAUAGCCCAAAUACAACGUAUGUAAAUACAUCGUCAUAUCAAAAAAAUAAAUGUCCUACUCAACCACCAACAAAUUUACCAUUAUGGACUGCAAUUUACAAUUACGAAGCUCAAGGAGAAGAUGAGUUAAGUUUAAAACGAGGUGAUAUUGUUGAAGUUCUUUCAACUGAUGCAAAGAUAUCAGGAGAUGAAGGAUGGUGGACUGGUAAACUCGGUGAUAAAGUAGGUAUAUUCCCAGCAAAUUUUGUCACCGAAAACAAUAUAUUAGAAAACGUUCCUUCUCUUAUUGGUAAUGUCCAUAUUACUGAAAUUGGCUUCAGUGAACUUGAACUUGAAGAAGUUAUUGGAGUUGGUGGUUUUGGUAAAGUCUAUCGUGGGUAUUGGAAUAAUAAAGAAGUUGCUGUUAAAGCAGCUCGUCAAGAUCCAGAUGAAGAUAUUAGUGAAACAGUGAAAAAUGUGAAACAAGAAGCUAACCUUUUUUGGUUAUUAGAUCAUGAAAAUAUUGUAUCUAUGUUAGGAGUAUGUUUGCAAGUGCCAAAUUUAUGUUUAGUGAUGGAAUAUGCUAGGGGAGGGUCAUUAAAUCGAGUUUUGAUGGGAAGAAAGAUUCGACCAGAUGUUCUAGUUGAUUGGGCAAUUCAAAUAGCUAGAGGAAUGAAUUACUUACAUAAUGGUGCUCCAAUAUCACUAAUUCAUCGCGAUUUAAAAUCAUCUAAUGUGCUGUUGAAUGAACCGAUAGAAAAUAAUGAUUUUCAAUUUAAAACUUUGAAGAUUACUGAUUUUGGUUUAGCAAGAGAAGUUUAUAAAACAACUAACAUGUCAGCUGCUGGAACAUAUGCAUGGAUGGCACCUGAAGUAAUAAAAAAAUCUACAUUUUCAAAAGCUAGUGAUGUUUGGAGCUACGGCGUUUUGUUAUGGGAACUUCUUACUGGUGAAACACCUUAUAAAGGAAUAGAUGCAUUAGCAGUUGCUUAUGGUGUUGCAGUGAAUAAACUUACUCUUCCUAUUCCAUCAACUUGUCCACAUCCCUUUAGAGAACUUAUGGAAGCUUGCUGGCAUUCAGAUUCUCAUAUGAGGCCUAGUUUUGAAGAUAUUUUAAAAUCAUUAGAUGAUAUUGUCCACUCAGCCUUUACUAAAACACCACAUGAGUCAUUUCAUACAUUACAGGAUGUUUGGAAAGUCGAAAUUGAACAAGUUCUGAAUGGAUUGCGUAUGAAAGAAAAGGAUUUUAUGUCUAAAGAAGAAGAGUUGAGAUGUCGUGAAGAAGAACUGACUAGAGCUCAAGUACAACAACAAAUUGCAGAAAAACAUCUGAAGCAAAGAGAAAGAGAUUUGGAAGCACGUGAAAUGGAGUUACUAAAGUGGGAAUUAAAUAUUAUCAUGCAACAACAACAAGCAUCACCAGCUAUUCCUACUCCAAAUAAACGACGUGGUCAUUUUAAAAAGUCAAGUUUGCUAAAAAUGUUAAAAAAAGAACCAAAUCAAUUACCUAUUAGUUCUCCAUCAGACUUCCGACAUACAAUCACCGUACAACAUACUGGAGAUAGGAAAAACCGUGAUACAUCUGGUCCCAAUAGUCCCCCUGGUUCUCCUAACAUUCCUAGACUGAGAGCUAUUGCACUUCCAGCUGAUGGAAUAAAAGGAAAAACAUGGGGUCCAAGUACAUUACACCAGCGUGAACGUGUACAAAUUAUUUGUGGAAGUCCGUCAUAUCAGUCAUCACCAACUUCUUCAACUAUAAAAGGAUGGUCGCGUUCAGCACCUAAUCUAGAAAAACAUCCAACAUCAGUGCGUUCGAAUUUUGCUGCAUUACAAGAAAUAGAUUAUAGCGGACCUAUGAUUGGUGAUUGGAUAAAUGAUGAUUCAAAUAUAAUGUGGAAUAAAAAUUAUUCAGAAAAUGAUAGUUUGUCACCUAGCCCUCAAACUGUAGGUACAUCAUCUAAGACUGCUUCCACUAAAUCUACACUUGUAGAAAAUUUGUUACAUAAAGCUGGUUCAUUGUUAGCCAGUUUUGUAAUAGGUAUGGACAUUAAGACUAGCUCAUCAAAUUUUUCACAUUCUAGUCUCAAUCAAUUGGAACCAUGGACUUCUGAAACAGGGUCUCGUGUGUGUUUGACUUCAACUGACUGUGAACAAUCAUCAACACAUUCCCAUAAGCAUAAUACUUAUCAUGGACCAAGUAGACAUCUCCGUUUGCCUUUAACACACAGUUAUGAAACUAAACCUUUAAGAUUUACAGAUAGUCCUCAACAUCGUUCUAGUAGAUCAAGGAAAAAAUCUAGAUCUUCCCCUAAAAGAAAAUCUAGUAAAGAUAACAGUGAUAUAUUUUAUGGUCAUAAUUUUAGUGCUUAUUGUAGAAAAGCAGAUUUUAUUUCACCCACUAGAUAUCGGCAAUUGUCUAGUGAUUGUGGAAAUGAAAAUAAAUAUGAAUAUGAAAAUAAUGUUUUAUAUGCGUAUGAUAACCCUUCUGUAAAUAAUUUAAACUUAAAGUCAAUAAAUCUUAAAAGUCAAGAGCGUUACCAUUGUGGAGGCGGAAACCCUACAUUUGUAUUAGAACCUGAAGAAUACAACCAAAGAAAUAUAAGUGACACAUCAUUAUCUCUACCAUACUUGAGACGAGCUGGUGAUUAUUCUAAUUAUUUUACCCAAGAAAAUCCUAUGCCAUUUGAACGAUCAGCUGCACUAGAGCCUAAUGCUCCUUCAAGGUUGAGAUCGAGUUUAAAAAAAACUAUAUAUGGUAGCCGCCAGACUGGAGUUGGUUCAUCAAGUCCUGUCUCACCAGCAAAUUUAACACCACCAGAUAGUUUGACUAGUGAUGAUAGCAGCUACAUGUCAGCUAGAGAAAGUUCUGCUUCUACGUCAACAGCUAGAGUAAGGUUUUCGCCAAUUACAUUACUUGAUCUUCCUACUCAAGGUCAACACCAAGAUUCUACUAUACCAUUACAAGCAGCACCCUCAAGAAGAUCAUCUUUCAGUGAAUUUCUUUCAUAGUAAAAAGUGAUAUUUAAGACUUACUUAUUUAGAUUAUUUAUUAAAAAUUUUGUUUGACUAAGUAUAUAGUUGUUUAUAGAUAAUUAAAAUAAUCUAAUGAUGCAUUCAAACCUUAACAUAAAUAAACAAAGCCUUAUCAGUAUUUUAUAUUUAUAUUUUUAUACUCAAGACUUAUAUAUUUUUGUUAAAUGCCCAAAAAUAUAUUUUAUAGUGUACUUUAUUAAGUAUAAUAUUAUUAAUGUGACUCGUUCUCUAUUUGUGAUAACUAAUUAGUUACUUUAUGUGACCAUUAUCAUCAUUCUAUGUUGAUAAUAAAUAUUAAUGAUAUAAUUAAAUUCAUAUAUUUAAUG